AUGCCAUCCUACGCUAAGUUCCUUAAAGAAAUUCUUUCAAAGAAAAGAAGGUUGGAGGAUUAUGAGACUCUUGCUAUUACAAAGGAAUGCAGUGCCAUAUUGCAAAAUAAACUGCCACCCAAGCUUAAGGAUCCAGGAAGAUUCUCAAUACCUUAUCUUAUUGGCAACAUGAAAAUAGACAAGGCACUCUGUGAUUUAAGUGCAAGUUACUCAGUGGGCAUCCUAGAAAACAUCCCCAUCAAGGUGGGAAAGUUCUUCAUCCCUAUUGAUUUUAUUGUCCUGGAAAUGGAAGAGGAUGUCCAAAUUCCUAUCAUCCUGGGAAGACCUUUCUUGGCAACUUCCAGAGCUAUCAUAGACAUUAAGAAUGGGCAGUUAACUCUCAAGGUAGGAGAUGAAGAAGUGGAAUUCAACCUGUUUAGAGCAAUAAAGCAUAAACUUGAACCUGAUGAAUGCUUAAGGGUUGACAUAACUGACAAGCUAGUUGAAGAGGAAUUGCAUGAAACAUAUCCUGAAGAUCCUCUUGAAGCAUGCAUAGUGAACCGUUACACAACAGAUAAUGAAAAACAGAAAUUGCAGCUUAUGCACAAUCUAUAG